UCCCUGUUGUAGAAGUUUGGGGAAACUGAGGCCAAAGGGCAAGAAGUGCCUGCUGUCAGUGUGGAUCAGACACCCCACAUCUGGCUGUGAAAGGUCUCCCUGAGAUGCCAAAUCCCACUGGGAUGGACAAAGUGCUGCCAGCUCACCUGGGAGAAGGUUUUGCCUGACUCCUUCCACACCAGGGCAAAGCUACAGAGCCCCAAAGCCAAACCAGUCCUCCCGCAUAUUCCAUGGGAUAAAUUGUCCUGGAAGGGAUUAGAUGAGUGGAUUAAGGGAAGUGCCUUGCAGCUGGGACUGUUACUUAGAGCCAGACUGUUACCUGCAAAGCUGUGGGGAACAUCUUGCUGGCAUUAGAAAGAAAAUAAUAAUAAUGCCACGUCCUAAAUCUCUGCUGGGUGUUGUGAAACAGCAGAUCAGUGAGGGAAGGUUUUAAUACCGAGACGGGGCUUUGGGCCAAGCUCAGGUGUGAGCCCAGAGCUGGGCUUUGUGUCUGGGCAGGUUUGGGGCAGCACUGAGCGAGCUGGGGGUUCUCAGGGGUGGUGCUGGCAGGCUGUGUUUGCUCUGGGUGAGGGGCCCGGGCGCAGGAGUGGUUUGGUGCUGAGAACACACCUGUUAUCAGCAGGCAGGGAGGGCCCUGAAACCAAAGCUGUGUCUGUCCCAGCUCGGUUCCACCUCUCCUUGCCUGCAAACUACUUAAGUAGCUUUUCCUGAAUGCUGCAGUUCCCGGGCUGGGCGCUGCAGGGAUCACCUGCCACCGUGGGGAGGAGCCCACAGCAUGUGAGCAGCAGGGGAAGCCUGGAGUGGGAUCCCUGCCUGCCCACGCCUGGACUCGACACUGCUGGGGCCACGUCUUGCAAUAAGAGGAAGAGGAAAAGACAGUUCAGCCACCAUUCCUAAAAAUGGGAAGCAGCAUCUAUCCAGCAACCCGGGAAGGGGAGCUCCAGGGGCAUCCCUGGCAGUGCUGCCGCCAGAUGGACACAGCCCUGUGCCAGUGAGGGGUCAGGGCAGUGUGGCUCGGGGGGCUGUGGGGGCAGCAUGUUCUUCCAGAGCCGCAGGACCCAGCUGCUGCUGGUCAACUCGCUGACCUUCGGGCUGGAGGUGUGCCUGGCUGCAGGGAUCACCUACGUGCCACCGCUGCUGCUGGAGGUGGGCGUGGAGGAGAAGUUCAUGACCAUGGUUUUGGGGAUAGGACCAGUCCUUGGCUUGGUUUUUGUCCCUCUGAUCGGAUCUGCCAGCGACCACUGGCACAGCAGCUACGGCCGGAGGAGACCUUUCAUCUGGAUGCUUUGCCUGGGAGUCCUGCUGAGCCUCUUCGUGAUCCCCCACGCCAGCAGCCUGGCCAGCCUGUUUGCCCUCAACCCUCGCCCCCUGGAGAUCGCCUUCCUCAUCCUGGGCAUCGGGCUGCUGGAUUUCUGCGGCCAGGUGUGCUUCACUCCCCUGGAGGCCCUGCUCUCCGACCUCUUCCAGGAGCUGGACAACUGCCGCCAGGCCUUCUCCAUGUACGCCUUCAUGAUCAGCCUGGGGGGCUGCAUCGGGUACCUGCUGCCAGCCAUCGACUGGGGGGGCAGCUUCCUGGCCCCCUACCUGGGAGGGCAGGAGACCUGCCUCUUCAGCCUCCUCGCCGUCAUCUUCCUCGGCUGCGUGCUGGCCACGCUCUUCGUGACGGAGGAGGCGGCCGCCCAGGGGGACGCUCUGGAUGGCCCGGCCCCGAAGGACGCGUCCCCGAAGCCCUCCCCUGCCCGCUGCCCCUGCCAGCUGUCCCGGGGCUCCUGCCUGCUGCAGGCCAGGCGGGCGCUGCAGGCCCUGAGGAACCUGUGCUCGCUGGUGCCGCGGCUGCACGGCCUCUACUGCCGCAUCCCCCGCGUCAUCCGCCGCCUCUUCGUGGCCGAGCUCUGCAGCUGGAUGGCCCUCAUGACGUUCAUGCUGUUCUACACCGACUUUGUCGGGGAAGGGCUGUACCACGGCGUGCCCAGGGCCAAGCCGGGCACGGAUGCCAGGCGGCACUACGAUGAAGGUGUGCGGAUGGGCAGCUUGGGCCUCUUCCUGCAGUGCAUCACCUCCAUCUUCUUCUCGACAAUCAUGGACCGGCUGGUGAAGCAGUUUGGGACCCGGGCAGUGUACCUGGCCAGCGUGGUGUUCUUCCCCGGGGCCGCCUUCGUCAUGUGCCUCUCCCACAGCGUCACCGUCGUCACCAUCUCCGCGGCCCUCACGGGCUUCACCUUCUCCGCGCUCCAGAUCCUGCCCUACACCCUGGCAUCCCUCUACCACCACGACAAACAGGUGUUUUUGCAUAAAUACAAGAGCAAAGAGGAGGAAGACGCAGCUCUACUGGACAAGAAAUCAGCCUUCUCUAAAGGCCUCCUCCCCAGCCAGAAGCUGCCUUACCAGAAUGGCCAUGCUGGGAGCCUCUUCUCCUCCUCCUCUUCCUCCUCCUCCCCUUCCUCCCCUCCUGCUGCCCCCAGCUCCGCUCUCUGCGUCAGCUCCUCCUGCGACGUCUCGCUCAUGAUGAUGGUGGGGGAGCCGGACCCGGCGGCCCCCGGCAGGGGGAUCUGCCUGGACCUGGCCAUCCUGGACAGCGCCUUCCUGCUCUCUCAGGUCGUGCCCUCCCUCUUCAUGGGCUCCAUCGUGCAGUUCACGCAGUCGGUCACGGCCUACAUGGUGUCGGCCGCCGGCUUCGGCCUGGUCGCCAUUUACUUCGCCACCAAAGUCGUCUUUGACAAGAGCGACAUGGCCAAGUACUCUGUGUGACGUGGGGGGGCCCUGCACGUGGUGAGAUGAGGGGGGGGUGUGUGCCCACACGGCCACUCGUGGGGAGCCUCGUGUGGCACCCGCCGUCCCCGAGCUGUCGCUGCGGCCCCGGGGGUGGUUCUGGGGCCGGGGGCAGGACGGGGCUAAUCUCAGGUGUAAAUAUGAGCCAUCAGGGCAUUGUGCUUGGGGCCAGCAGUGCUUUCCAGAGGUGCCUUUAUCAAAAGGGAGCACGGCACAGGCAGCACCAAAGGGGUUGUGGCAGGGAGAGGAAGGAACUGGACUUUCCCUCUAAUAACGG